CUGAUCUGAGUCGUCAUGAAUUCGUUCAUCACCAUCUUCUGCCUCUGUGCAUUAGCCGCGAAUAUUGCCGGCACAUUUGCUCAAAGAAGCGACGAUAAGGAUUGCCCAGGACCUUUGAAAUUCUACAGAGAUCUACGAUGCAAUCCCGUUUAUGUCUCUUCCACCGAUAAAUGUGCGGUCAAAUUUGACUGCAAAAGUAUUGAUAAUCGUUCACCAGACAAGUGCUAUUUUGGCGGUAAGGAGAUCAAGGUUGGGGAGGGACUUUCUGAUGAGGAUAGAGCUCCAUGUGAUCGGUGUACCUGUGUUAAAAGUGGAAAUUAUGCAAGAUUUGCUUGUGCGAUCGUUGAUUGCUACCGCCCAAAUCCUCAACCAGGAUGCUAUCAACAGCGAAACGCGACCCAGUGCUGCCCGGGGCUGUCUCUGAUAUGUCCUAACAAUCCACGAGACAUCCCCACGUGCGAAGUUGACGGUAAAGUUUACAAGGACGGAGAGUACUUUGAACCGGCUUCGGAGCCGAACAAAAGAUGCUUCUGUGGCCCUGGAUAUACUGGACGAAAUAUCGCUCCCUUCUGCACUUCGAAAUCGAGGGUUGAAUGCAGGACUGAACUCUACUACAGUAGGCAAGUUGCUGAGAGAUGUGCUCCUGUGUAUGAAGCCAAUCAAUCACCUCAAACAUCUUGCACAUCGAAAUUCAGAUGUCAAACACCGAGCGAUCAGGUCGUGCGGAUAGAUGGCCCCAAGCCCGAGGAGGUCUCAUGUAAAUUCGGCGAUCUGUCGAUGAAUUAUGGAGACGAGCUCAACAUGGGUGACGACGUGAAUUCAAAAUGUGUCAAGUGUCGUUGUGAGGUGUCACCUACGCCCACAUGCCAGCGUCUGCCCCGAGAUAAGUGUCAGUGAUUAUCUUCAGACACCUCGUCAAACAUCACGAUCACUAUUUUCUGAAUGCAUUCAUCGAUUUUUUUUUAUUUAUGAAUUCAUUGAUUAUGAGCUGAUAAUUAUGGAUGAAAUAAAGUUGUUGAACGUGACAUAA